AUGACAGUCAAUCAUAUUUUCUUCUGGGCCUCCGCUGCCAAGUUCAAUUCCCUACGGUCGUUCUAUCGUAGGAUCCUGCAGCCGAUCGGGUACAGCGAGAUGAUCCGUGUAAACAAUGACGCUCUCAUCGGCUAUGGCAGUGACUAUCCUUACUUCUGGCUUAAGCAGCUGUCCGAUGAUAAAGAACCCCUGCCAACUCACAUCGCGCUUGAUGCACCAAGCCGCGAAGCUGUGGAUCAAUUCUACCAGCUAGCAUUACAACAUGGCGGACGAGACAAUGGAGGCCCAGGCAUCAGGAAAGAGAUGAGUCGGCAGCCGUACUAUUCAGCUUUUAUAUUUGAUUUGGAUGGGAACAAUGUGGAGGCUGUGUAUCUUCCAAAAUAG